CUGAGGCUGAAGAUCACUGUCUCCCUGACUGGUGUUUGAAAAUAAAGAGAUCAAUCCCUAUGAAAGAAGUGAAAAGUAAAUUGGUAGAAUAUCUUAAGAAAGAAGGUGUUAGUGAAAAAGAAAUGUAA